AUGUCCAAUCAACCAAAAACCGUGGAUUUGAAACUGUUGCCACCACAACAGAUCUUAGAGUUACGGAACUCAACCGAAAGAGAAGUUGAACAUUUCACUCAGUCGCUUCAAGCAUUACAAACGGCCCAGGCCAAGUUAAAGGAAUGUCUUGGUUCUGUUGAUAGUAUGGGUAAAUCAGAGUCUGACGAUUUGCUAGUGCCUUUGAGCUCAUCCUUAUAUUUGCCUGGGAAGAUUGUUAACAAAGAUGAGUACUUGGUGGACAUUGGAACUGGAUACUUUGUGGGUAAACUGGGAAAAGAAGCUAAGGCCGUAUAUGAAUCCAAGAUUGAAAAGUUGAAUGAAGACUCAAAUAAAUUACGAGAAAUCUUGGUACAAAAGAAUGAAAUAAUCAAUAGUAUGAAUAUAGUCUUACGGAGUAAGAUGGCAGAAAGUCAAGGUGAACAAUCUGCCACUUGA